AUGGCAUUGAAAGAGAAAGGAGAUCGAGAUUGUUAUUACCUGGUCGCCGAGAUUCUUUUGGAAGCUGGAGUUCAAGGAGAGUCCAUCAAUGUCGCAUUACUUGCAUCUGUUAGGGAAGGUGACGUGAAUUUGAAAUUGUCCCAGCUCCUGUACAACAAUGGUGCGUCGGCUGAAUGGAAUGGAGGAGAAGCGGUCUAUAUCGCUUGUCAGAAUCCUGGUUGCACGGAGACUUUGAGUCUUCUAUUGCAGAAGCAGGUCUCCGAAAACGUUCUCAGGGAUGCGUACGUUAUUGUUGCCGGGCUUCCCAAUCAGCAACGAUACCCGGUAAUCGACCGACUCUUGACAGCUGGAAAAGCGAUUGAUAGACAUGUCAUCAACAGCCUCAUCCAUGCUGUCCAACAAACUCCACCAGACCGUCGACUCGUCAAGUUGCUAUUAUCUUACAAUUCGUAUGAUGAAGGCCAAUCGAUAAUCUAUGCCGCCCAGUCUCAGGAUGUUGAGACACUGGAACUUCUUGUAGAAAGUCCCAAAGCAGCACCAUUCAUUUCUACAGCAUUCAACGACACAAUGAAUAAUGACAUGCAAUGGCAAUCUAUGAAAGGCAUUGGAAUCAUGAGACUCAUGUUGGAAAAGGGUGCUUCAGGAGAUCCUCUAGCAGAGGCUCUUUGCAAGGCUGCCGGAAGAGCAUGCAUUGAUAAUCAGGUACUUGUGACAGAAUUCCUCCCUGUUCUCCUCCAAUUUGGAGCCGACGUCAACUACCAACAGGGGCGUAUCUUGCAAUGGGCAACGAAACAAUUUAAUCUAGAUCUGACGAAGAAGCUCUUGCCUCACUCUUCAGCUCAUAGCAAGGCGAUGGCGAUUCCCUACCUAUUUUCGGCUGGUACCGACCCCACAGAGGUACUCAAAAGCAUCCAGGCAUUCAUGGACUCUAUGCAGGACGGCGACGAACAUGUGUAUAAUACGUUCGAACAUCCAACUCCGGAUCUUGCGCACGUUUUGUUCCUAGCUCUAGAAAGGUUUGCGAGGAAGCCGCAAAUAUUUAGUGCUCUUCUCGAAAUGGGCUAUAAUCCAAAUCAAUCGAAGAUGCGGGAACUAGAUCCCGCUAUAGGUAUGGAAGAAGAUCCAAUUCUUUGCUGGGCACUUGCGCAAGGCGACAAUAAAAUUUCGAGUAUCAGUAUUGAAAACCUGAUUAACCAAGGAGCGAAUGUGAAUUUCCAUUCAAAGUCCGGAUUCACGCCCCUUAUACUGGCCAUUCAAGGCCAACGACCAGAUAUUGUUUGCAAGCUCAUCAUAAAAGGCGCAAACGUCAAAACUCCCAACAUCGACGGCGUUUCACCUCUUGCAAUGGCUAGCAGUUCAGGAAACCAAAAGAUCAUGGAAUACCUACUUCGAGCAAACGCCGAACAAAACGAUGGUAGUCUCCACGAUGCAGCUCGUGAGCUACGCUGUCACUCGAUACGCCUCCUCAUCGACUACGGACAUCAGCCCGAUUAUCCUAGCGAGCGUCACGAUGGACGGAGCGCUUUGGCAGAACUCUGUUACAAGGCUGUCGACUACAGUCCGAAAUCUGCCGCUUUGGAAGAGGCUGUCACAUGUCUCAUAGGUCGAGGCGCCGAUAUUUGGCUCAAGUGCGUAUCACAAGAUCGAUGCGCCAAGACGAUGCUCCAUUAUGCUAUGGACUCCUCGAAUCCGAUGCCUAUUCUGACCAUUUUGCUGAAGCUUAUGUGGACCAAAGUCAACCAUGAUAGCUUUCUUUAUUUGGAUGGCAAAUUUACUUAUUCGCUAACCAAGUACGUUGAGAAGGAUGUUUUCAAAGGGCCACCAGGACAAAAGGAAGAGAUUCUCAAGCUCCUACGCAAUAAGAGAAUUAUUGAUAGGUUCUGGGGUAAUGAUAUCGAGGUAGAUCAACCCGAAGACUACUGCGGGGCUCCUGCCUACGUUGAAGAAGAAGUCGUCCGCCAAAAGCUCCGCCGAAAGCGUCUCGCCGAGAGUAAGCAAGAUACCAUCGCUGCUCUUGAUCUUAAACGAAUGGUUAUCCAGGAAGAAUUUAAAAUCAUGGACCUCCAGACAGCAGCUGAGAUCCGCUGGGCCAACGAAAAAGGCCAAGCAGAACAAAUCCGCAUGCAAGAGCGGGCUGCCAUGCAACUCCAACUGGGAAUGCAGUCUGCAAGCGAGCAUGACCGUGUAACUUCUUUCAGACAAAUUGCCGAACGCGAUCAUAUGAAGCAGAUCGGUGACGUUCAAGUUGCUACAUGCAGGAACAUGAACGCAGUUCUUUCUGAACAGCUGCAGAUGAAGCAUACAUUAGAGCUUGAGUUUACCGGCGCCAAUAUGGCCAAGGAAAACGAGGCCACGGCAGCGCGUCUUGCAAUCGAGAAUAGUGCGCAUCUAGAGGAUGACAUGAUUUCUGCCCGACUAUACGAGCGCGAGAAGGAGAUGCGUGGUCUACGACUCCAUGAAGACCAAGCGCGGAAUCAGAUGGAGAUUGAGUUCAUGGCGCAGCAGUUCGGGACGGAGAAACGAGGGUGUGAGAGCCCGACUCGUCAUCGAGAAUGGAUCGAGGAAGACGAAGAGAGUAGAUGGAGCGCUGAUUUCAAGAAUAUUGAGUUGGUGGAUAAGAUGCAGAGUGAGAGUGGCACUGGCACUAGCACUGGCAUUGAUCCGGCUCUGACUCCGUUGAAUAUGGUGGGUCGUAUGAUCGAGGAAAAUACGGGUAGUAAUUUUGGACGAGUCUAUCAGCCUUCGGCGCGGAUGCAGCGCACUUCAUCACGCAUGACGAGUGUUUCGGAUAUCAGCAGUAUCGAUCAGCAUAAUGCCAAUUUAUACCCUUGA